AUGGGUUCUGUGGAUGUCACUUUGACAGCCGAUUCAGAGAAGUUAAACCCAGGAACCUGCCUCAAAGAAGUCUGUGAUAAACAUGCAGUCGCCAGUACUGUCAGUUCAUGUGGAGCCAAGGAGGUUUGCCAGGACAACGUCAAAUGCGGGAUUCAGCACAACGACACCAUUGACAGUUCGAUCAACUGCAACCGCUCAACUGAACACUGUAAUCUCAUGAGGCAGGCACCUUUCACUGCUUGUCACGACCGCAUUGACCCAGAGCCGUACAUAACCGCCUGCACAAACACUUUGUGCAAUUACCCGGCGGUGGACGGUCUCAACUGCCAGUUGUUGGAGGCUUAUGCCAAGGCCUGCAGUCUGAAGGACGUCACACUGAAGAACUGGAGGUCAACGGUUGGCUGCUUUGCUGCCAGCCAGGUUGACCUCAAUCUGUCUGACCCACAAAACAUUGUUACUGGACAUGUGAACAUCAGCACGUGUCCCAUCACCUUCUAUGGACGCACAUACUCAAUGCUGGAUCUGUUGAUCCAAGAUUCAGUUCUUUCAGUUUGUUUCAAAAAUGACGCAGCUGAAAACGCAACAGCCUGUCUUUCCGUGGGUGAUAACGGCAAUGCAACCAAAGUUGGUUGGGGGAUAAAAACUACCUCUACGGACAGGUCAGAUAUUAUUAAAGGUUCCGAGCUGCCACAGUUGGUGUCCUCUUCACAAUGCCAUAUUGCACUGAAGACCAACGGACCAGAUGGAGACUAUGCGGAGUUAAAGUUGUUCAACUUUGGGGCACAAACAGCUGCUGGUGCCGUUUUGAUGAUUUCCGAUCAUUUUAGCAUGAGUGCAAUGGUCGAUGACUCAACUGUGGAUUCAUGGGCAAUUUCUAAAGCUGUAUUGAAUGGAAGCGAAUUUUUCAUGGACUUGAGCGGAUGCAGACUCUCAGAUGUCACUUUGGCAGCCGAUUCAGAGAAGUUAAACCCAGGAACCUGCCUCAAAGAAGUCUGUGAUAAACAUGCAGUCGCCAGUACUGUCAGUUCAUGUGGAGCCAAGGAGGUUUGCCAGGACAACGUCAAAUGCGGGAUUCAGCACAACGACACCAUUGACAGUUCGAUCAACUGCAACCGCUCAACUGAACACUGUAAUCUCAUGAGGCAGGCACCUUUCACUGCUUGUCACGACCGCAUUGACCCAGAGCCGUACAUAACCGCCUGCACAAACACUUUGUGCAAUUACCCGGCGGUGGACGGUCUCAACUGCCAGUUGUUGGAGGCUUAUGCCAAGGCCUGCAGUCUGAAGAACGUCACACUGAAGAACUGGAGGUCAACGGUUGGCUGCUGUAAGAUUCAGUUUGACUUUUAUUAUUAA